GUUGUACACUCGCUUGGAAGAAUUGACGUAACGUAUGAAUUUAUUAUAAGACGACACAAGACAGUCUGUGUGACGAAGUCUUACUGAACGGACGUCUAGGCAACUCGAAGACAUGUUCCGAUUUAUCUCGAUUCGAGUGGCUUUGAUACUGACCGUCUCGAUAUCUUCCAGUCUGGGCGCUGUUACUCCCCAGCAGGGAAGGUGUCAGUCGCCCGCCAUAGCACCCCAAAGGAUCGAGAAAGUAAUUGCAGAUUGCCAGGACGAAAUAAAACUCGCUAUUCUUCAAGAAGCGCUGGUUGACUUGGAAGCGUCUACUGCCGUGCUGACGUCGAGAACAAAGCGUCAGACAUUUUCUGAAGAUGAGCGGAGGAUUGCUGGGUGCCUUCUCCAGUGUGUCUACAAGAAAGUGAGAGCGGUUGAUGCAUCCGGCUUUCCGACUAGAGAAGGUUUAGUUCGCCUCUACGCCGAGGGAGUGCAGGAGCGUGGCUAUUACCUUGCGACAGCGGAAGCGAGUGAACAAUGUCUACAUAAGGCACUCCAGAGUCGACUCCGAUUGCAGCCCAGUGGAAAACAAUCGUGUGAUUUGGCCUACGACUUAUUUGAAUGUAUCAGCAACAAACUUUCGGAGUACUGUAGCGGCUUUGACUAACUGGGUUAAUUUCCUGGCUGUAAUCAACAUUCACGGACGUGAAGGAAACUCAAUGACCACCAGAAUUCAUCCGUCACGUUACGUUAGCGUAGACAGUUGACAUAACAGCGAAGCAUCGGGAAGAGACAUGUCUCCUGCUUUAUUAAAUUUACAUUCUAACAAGAUAUACAGAAAGGUCUUACUCUCCUUCGGACGGCGGUAUCUCAGAAGCCAACUCCUUUACUGCUGGAAAUUCUAGGCUUGUAAAAACACUUGAAUAAAAAUUUCCUUGGAUAUUAUCCAUCGUCUAGUAAAUAUAAAACGUAAAACGACGUUUCGGA